AUGGAGACUGGUGAGGCACUGGGAUCCCCUCUCCGAGGCCACACUGGCUAUGUUUACUCCGUUGCAAUCUCUCCCGAUAGCAAAAAGAUCGUGUCCGGUUCAUCUGACAGGACCAUCCGGGUGUGGGAUCUAGAUUUUGUUAACCGGGACCAACUCAAGGCACCUGCAAUAUGUUUCUCACUUGACCCAGCCCACGCUCUUUAUCACCCCUCCCCAUUUCUGCAAGGUUCUCGCACUCCAUCCCCUCUUAUCCUGACCAAGGAAGGAUGGGUUGUAGGACCUGAAGGACGGAUUCUCCUCUCGAUCCCACCCCAUUUCCACCCGGCUAUGUAUUUCCCAGGCAACACGCUGGUGAUCCACGACCAUCCCUCGCAGCUCGACUUACGUCGUUUCGCACAUGGCAUAUCAUGGCACAAGUGUCGAGAACAGGAGGCUGCCCUGUCUUUGUGA